AUGAAAACUCCAACUAAAUAUUUCAUUAUAUUUAUUUUAUUAGCUGCUUUAGCAGUUUUUGUAUCUGAAGCCACUUCAAAAGUUGGACAACAAACAACCACAACUACUCAACAAGUUAAAUGUUCAGGUUUACAAUGUACUCUCAAUAAACUUAUUGUUGCUGUUGGUAAAUUUACAAUUAAACAAAUUUUAGUUGGAAUUGUUAUUGUAUUAGCAACAAUUGCAUUACAUCAACAAUAUGUUAUUACACAAAAGAAAGGAUCAUUACCAGGACCAUCAUUCGUUCCACCAUUCUUUGGUAUGCUUUUCCAAUUGAUCUUCACUCCAUUCUCAUUCUAUGAAAAACAAGAAAAGUAUGGACCAAUCUCAUGGACAUCAAUUAUGAAUAAAUUUGUACUUUUUGUCACUGAUGCCGAGAUCAAUCGUCAAGUUUUCAAGGAAGAGAAUGCCAAAUUGUACCUUUCAUUGGGUGCAAAGAAGAUUCUCACUGAAAAGGCCAUUCCAUUCAUUGAAGGUGCUCCACACAGACAAUUACGUAAACAAUUGUUACCAUUAUUCACCAUUCGUGCUCUUUCAUCCUAUCUUCCAAUUCAAGAAUCCAUCGUCGAUGAACAUAUUGCCAUGUGGAUUAAAAACGGUAAAGCCGAUAUCAACGCUCGUAACAAUUGUCGUGAUCUCAAUAUGGCCAUUUCAACCGGUGUUUUCGUAGGUAACAAUACACCAGAAUCUGUUCGUGAUGAUAUUGCCAAGAAUUUCUUUGUCAUGAAUGAAGGUUUCCUUUGUCUCCCAAUCGAUUUACCAGGUACCACUCUCCGUAAGGCAAUCAAUGCUCGUGUUCGUUUAGUUGAGAUCUUCACUGAUAUCAUCGCCAAAAGUCGUAAGAGAAUGGGUGAUGGUGAAAAACCACAAUCUCUCAUUGAUCUCUGGGUUGAACAUUUCCUCAAUUGUCCAGAAGAAGAAAGAGAUGAACUCAGCAAUGACACUAUUAUCUUUACUCUCUUAAGUUUCAUGUUUGCCUCUCAAGAUGCUCUCACCUCUUCAUUGGUUUGGACCGUUCAAUUAAUGGCUGAACAUCCAGAUAUUCUCGCUAAAGUUAGAGCCGAACAAGCUAGCCUCCGUCCAAAUAAUGAAAAAUUAGACCUUGAUACCAUGAGACAAGCCACCUACACUCGUAUGGUAGUUUCUGAAAUCCUUCGUUUCCGUCCACCAGCUGUUAUGGUUCCACAUGAAAACAUUGAAGAUAUCGUCAUUGGUGAUAAUGUUCACGUUCCAAAGGGUACUAUGAUUCUUCCAUCCAUUUGGUCUGCUCACUUCCAAGAAGGUGGUUACUCUGAUCCAUACAAAUUCGAUCCACAACGUUUCGAUUCUGUCCGUAAGGAAGAUGUCACUUGUGCUAAAAACUCACUCGUCUUUGGUGCUGGUCCACACUUUUGUAUUGGUAAAGAACUCGCUAAAAAUCAAAUCGAAGUUUUCUUAACUAAAUUAGCAAUGUCAACUGAAUGGACUCACAACAAAACUCCAGGUGGUGAUGAAAUUAUCUUUGGUCCAACUAUUUUCCCAAAGGAUGGUUGUAACAUUACUAUUAAAGCUCGUAAUUAA